AUGGACGCUAGCCAUAAUCAAGCUGUCAACCGUGACAUUUAUUGCUUCGGUUGCUCGACAGGAAAGAAGUACAUUUCUCCGUCGGGCUUACGGACUCACUGGAAGUCGACGAGCUGCCGACCGGGUGGUACCGAAUUGCACCUUAUUGACCUGGACAGUGAGGAAGGCGCGGGAACACUGCGCGAUGAGCACUGCGUUACGAGUACAACACCGGUACCGCGAUGA